UCUCUGCUCUCUCACUCCUUCCCUGACUAACUCUCAGGUCAGCACGUAUUCUACUGAGCAGAUUCCUCCACCUUUCCUGUAGCCAUGAAGCUGCCUGUCCCUGUCCUCCUGCUCCUCUGCCUCUCUCUGAGGCCAGUGUCCUCCCAGGAGGCAGAUCAAGCUACUCCCGCACCAGAACAGACCCUCAAUAACACAGAGGAGGAUUCAGACUGGGGCAUUGGGAGCGUCCGGGGCGGCUUCGAGGCAGUCAGUGGAUACUUCGACUCGUUCCUGGAGCUGCUGGGGGGUCGCAAUGGGGUCUGCCAGUACCGCUGCAGAUUUGGAAAGGCUCCCCUGCCCAGGCCAGACUACAAGAGCCCCGAGCCCAACGGCUGCAGCUCCUAUUUCCUGGGACUCCAGAUACCAGAAACUCUUGGCCUGGGCAUCCCUGCUAUGACCAAGUGCUGUAACCAGCUGGACCACUGCUAUGACACGUGCGGCACCAACAAGUACCGCUGUGACACCAAGUUCCGCUGGUGCCUCUAUGGGAUCUGCUCUGACCUCAAGAAGAGCCUGGGCCUUGUGUCAAAGGUCGAAGCCUGUGAGUCGGUAGCAGACACCCUGUUUAACACGGUCUGGACGCUGGGCUGCAAACCGUUUAUGAACAGCCAGAGGGGAGCCUGUAUCUGUGACGAGGAGGAGAAAGAGGAACUGUAAAGCCAAGAACAGCCGUGCCAGUGCUGGAGAGGCAUUCCUGCGCCACCAGCACAGGAUAGAACAUGAAAUAAUACAAUAAUACAAUAAUACAGUACAAGAACACUUGUAUUACAGCACAUUUUAAUGUAAGAACAUUCCAUAGCACAGAAAAAGAAACACUACGUUAAAACCGUUCUACACAGAGACCAGUGCAGUCAAAAUCUAGAUUCAACAGGCAUGUCUACAGUUGUGAUUAAACUAUGGACUAUGGAUUUUUCCUGAUUGCUGUGAUGCUGGGUCCUCUUAAGGAGUGCUGACCAGUUCUAGCCAAUCAGACUUUCAAAUUCUUGGGCCUAUAGAAUAAAAUAUCCAAAGGACAUAGAGCUUUGUGGCUCCUAAGGGACAGGCUGUGGUCUUUCGCAUAGUAAGAAUAAAACACUGAUCCUAGACUCAAUAACAAACGACACAAUGACACAUCAGGGGCUCUAAGAGCCUACUGGGCUGGUAAGUCCCCUGAAUCAACCCCUUCAUAUUGCUUUCUUGUUGCUGUAGUCGUCUUCACGCUAUUUGCAAACAAAUCCCAACCUUUAGCUUAAAUGUGUCAUUAGUUAUUCUCAGUAGAGACUCCUGCUAAACGGAUGUUUCAUUGUGCCAUCCCCAUGUUUUGUGGGAGCCGGGUUCUAUUUAUGUGUUUAUAAUAAUAAUUCAAUAUAUUUGUUUGUA